AUGGCUGAAUUAGUGGUGGUGCAGCGCUUUCGCGAGUGUCAGAAUCUUCUGGACUCCAUUGUGGCCAAUCUAAGUGCCAUCAGCAACCUGACAUCGCAGCGGAUAGUUGUGGAGGAAGCCAUACGGCGUACUGGCUGUUCUGCAGAUUCCGCUGCUGCCAAUGAUAACGCGUUGCGCUGCUGUACCGACCCACUCGGCAUGCUUCUUGCCUUCCCGGAGUCUGCCGUUGAGCUCAUCAUUGCUCAGCACACAGAGGACGUGAGUGCGCUUCUUCGUUCCCUUGGCAAAUCCCAGCAGAUGUGGUGCAGCAAGCUGCAGCAAGCGAAGGAGGCGUCCCAGCAGCGGCAGCAGCAGCAGGGCGCCUCUAUGACAAAGGCGGCCGCAUCUGCUCUAUUCCAGGUGGGAGGGAAAGAAUGCAAAGAAAAAUCCACCCAGAGUCCGCAGGUGAUGCUCGGGAUGCAUGCACUUUUGGCCGUUCUUGCGCAGAUGCAUGGCUGGUUGCAGGAGCUUAUUCUUGCCCUCCGCGCCGAUUUGGCAAAUCCUCCACGAGCCGUGCAGCUGUCGCAGUGUCUGACGAGAUAUUUUUCACAGAUGGAAGGUGCAGGUUGCUGCACCGCCAUCCUCCCGCUGGAAACUGCGCUCGAGCAACUUCCGGAGCGUGUCCAGCGCGAAUGGGAAGUCUGCAAGGCGCGGCACAUGGUGGAUGAAGCAUGGGUUUUACUUGCGAGCUGA